AUGGGUAACAAUCCCGUGUUCGCCGUGACAGUCUUUUUCAUUUGUUUCCGAGAAUGUCUUGAAACAACCGUGGUUGUAUCGGUUCUCCUGGCUUUCUUGAAGCAAACCCUUGGUCAAGGAGAGGAUCAGACCAUUUACAAACGACUUGUUAAACAAGUCUGGUGGGGAUGUGGACUAGGCUUGGGUAUCUGCCUUGCAGUCGGUGCCGGUAUGAUCGGAGCCUUCUAUGGUCUAGGAACCGAUAGCUUCUCUGGCACAGAGGAUAUCUGGGAGGGCGUCCUGGGAAUUCUCGCGUCAAUUGUUAUCACUAUUAUGGGCGCUGCGCUGCUGCGCGUUUCCAAACUCCAAGACAAGUGGCGCUUGAAGCUUGCCAAGGCACUCGAGCAUGACAAAAAUGUCGAUGAAUCGCGCAAACACCGCUUGAAGCGGUAUAUGGAGAAAUACGCCAUGUUCUUCCUUCCCUUCAUUACAGUCCUGCGAGAAGGUUUGGAGGCGGUCGUCUACAUUGGCGGUGUUGGCCUGGCUGACCCAGCGUCCUCCUUUCCCCUCGCUGUAUUCUGCGGUCUUCUCGCAGGAGGACUGGUCGGUUAUGUUAUUUACAAGGGAGGACGGGAAACGUCCAUGCAAAUCUUCCUAAUCAUUUCGACUUGCUUCCUUUACCUUGUCGCCGGAGGACUAUUCUCGCGCGGUGUCUGGUACUUCCAAAAUAAUGCGUGGAACAAUAUUAUCGGAGGAGAUGCAUCCGAAACAGGUUCCGGUCCAGGCUCGUACGAUAUCAGACAGAGUGUUUGGCACGUCAACUGUUGCAACGCCGAACUCAAUGGCGGCGGUGGCUGGGGUAUUUUCAAUGCUCUGUUCGGAUGGGUCAACUCUGCCACCUACGGCUCAGUCAUCGGCUACAAUAUGUACUGGAUAUGUGUUAUGGUCGGUUAUGGACUCAUGUUCUACCGCGAGCGACGUGGCUCUCUUCCCGUCAUUGAUCCGGCGAUGAAGAAGGUUGCCGCUUACAAGGCGAGGACAAGGGCUUUUGUGCUUCGUCGACCCUACGAAGACCCUGAGUCCGUUCAACCUGUAGCGAGCGGUGGAGUUCAAGAGAGCUUUGCUCUGGAGAAGGUUGUGAAACCCACAGUGCGACGCACCGAUUCUUAG